AUGGAUGACGAAAAGAAGGGAGAAAACGCUCCGAACCUUCAUGACUCUAGCUCUUCGCUGAACGACCGAGGCCAGAUUUCUGCCAUUCAGCUUUCCGAAUAUGGAGUUCAUAGAGGGUUGCAGUCGCAUCACAUCCAAUUACUGGCAAUUUCUGGGGUCAUUGGAACAGGUCUUUUCGUUGGCACAUCGGGCGUGCUUAGCAGUGCUGGACCCGCUGGCCUUCUUAUCGGAUACUCCAUUUGGUGCAUUUUUCUUCUUUGCGUUGCUCACACCAUGGGAGAAAUGUCGGCAUUUUUACCUGUCCCAGGCUCAUUCGUCACACGAGUUGUUUUCGUUCUCAACUGCCUUGCGGUCAAGUACUUUGGUGAGGUAGAGUUCUAUGCUUCAAUCUUCAAGAUCUUCCUGAUCUUUGGUUUUUUGCUGUUCACCUUCGUCGUUGUCCUCGGCGGCAAUCCCAAACACGACCGCAUCGGCUUCAGAUACUGGAGAGACCCUGGGGCUUUCAACGAGACAUACACAAAGGGAACCACAGGCCGAUUCUUAUCCAUCUGGGGGAUCUUCAACACGGCGGCCUUUGCCAUCGGCGGCCCUGACUUCAUUGCCAACUGCGCAUCGGAGGCCGUCAACCCGCGCCGCAAUAUCCCCAAAGCUGUCAGGCGCGUUAUCUAUCGGUUGAUCUUCUUCUUUGUUCUCUCAGUCUUCGUAGUUGGGCUGCUGGUACCGUACAAUGAUCCCACCAUGCUCACGGCCAUCGCAAGUGGCAAUGGAGUUGCCAAAUCGCCUUUCAUCAUUGCAAUGAACAGACUUGAAAUGUCCUUCCUUCCUGAUCUUUGCAAUGCAGUUGUCAUCACAUCUGCUUGGAGUUGUACAAACUGUCUCCUUUUCCAGGCUUCACGAACCGUAUUUGGUCUCGCCAAACAUGGAAGAGCACCCAAAAUCUUUGCCAAAACAACAAAGACAGGAGUUCCCAUUCCGGCAUUGGUCCUGUCUACCGCCGUUGCUUCUCUUGCCUUCAUGACUUGCAAUACCGCUUCUGCUGUCGUUCUAAAUUGGUUUAUCAAUCUGGGAUCCACGGCUAUCAUGAUUGCCUACAUUCUUAUGAUGGUGGCAAACCUUCAGUUUCAUAAAGGCCUCAUGGCGCAGGGAAUCGAUGCCGCAAGUCUUCCUUUUAGAAGCAAGUUAACACCCUACUCCAACUACUUCGCUAUCUUCUGGGUCGGCAUUAUUCUCCUCACGAAUGGCUAUGGCAAGUCGAGACCCGACGACCUCUAG